UAGGCCUUUUUAAUAAUUACAACUUUUGAAAAGAGAGGAUAUUGGGGAUAGAAGGCGAUAUUGGAACAACAUUUUUGGAUACUAUCGUCGUUCGACCCGUCCACUCGCUACGAACGCCUCCGCCAACGAUCGCCAUCUGGAAUAGCAGAAUCGCGUCGCAGGUCGACACUUUUAUUAAUUUGAUUUUACGUUUUUGGUUGAGGAAGGGGAAUUGAUUGCCACCAUGGGCCUUUUCGAAUUAUUCAAGAAGCAGCUCACUGCUAGCAAGCUCAUCUUCCACAUCCUAUUUUGGGGAGUCCACUGGUUCUUCUUCGCCUUCGGAUGGUACAAGCAGAAUGCCGAUCCUAAGUUGGCGGCUCUGAAUACGUUGAAGUAUUCAGUGUGGAUCUCCCGAGGUGCUGGUUUGGUUUUGGCGAUUGAUGGGACAUUGAUUUUACUACCAGUUUGCCGAACAAUAGUACGAUGGGUUCGACCGAAAGUCAGGUGGCUGCCUCUCGAUGAGAACAUCUGGUUCCAUCGCCAAGUUGCGUACUCUAUGGUCAUCUUCACCGUUAUUCACGUCGCUUCUCAUUACGUCAACUUCUACAAUGUGGAGAAGACGCAAAUUCGACCCGUUACCGCAAUUGAGAUUCACUAUACUCAAGCUGGUGGUGUUACUGGCCAUGUGAUGCUCCUUUGCAUGCUGUUGAUGUAUACUACCGCACACCACCGUAUUCGCCAGCAAUCGUUCGAAACCUUCUGGUACACUCACCACCUGUUCAUCCCAUUCUUCCUUGGACUUUAUACGCACGCUGUCGGUUGUUUCGUCCGUGACACUGCCGCCCCGAUGUCUCCGUUUGCCGGCGACAUGUUCUGGGAGCAUUGCAUUGGUUAUCAAGGAUGGCGAUGGGAGUUGUUCGCUGGAGGCUUUUACCUGAUCGAGCGUCUUUACCGUGAAAUUCGUGCCAAGCGUACCACUAAGAUUACUCGAGUAGUCCGCCACCCAUACGAUGUCGUGGAAAUCCAGUUUGAGAAGCCUUCAUUCAAGUACAAGGCCGGCCAAUGGCUUUUCCUCCAAGUCCCCUCAGUCUCGAGCUAUCAAUGGCAUCCGUUCACGAUUACGUCUUGCCCGUACGACCCCUAUGUUUCGGUCCACGUUCGACAAGUAGGAGAUUUCACCAGGGCUUUGGGUGACGCAGUUGGUGCUGGUGGGGCACAGUCGAAGCUUUACGAAGGCGUGGACCCCAUGGGAAUGUACGAAGUUGCUCUCCAGAAUGGACAACAGAUGCCCAGCCUCCGAAUCGACGGACCCUAUGGUGCCCCGGCCGAAGACGUGUUUGAGAACGAAAUUGCAGUACUCAUCGGUACCGGUAUUGGUGUUACACCGUGGGCGUCUAUCUUGAAGAACAUUUGGCACUUGCGAAACAGCCCGAACCCGCCCAGGCGUCUGCGUCGUGUUGAGUUUAUCUGGGUGUGCAAGGACACGGGCUCAUUCGAAUGGUUCCAGACUCUACUAUCAUCCCUCGAAUCCCAAAGUAACGACGCAGCCCGCAUCCCCGGAAGCAAUGGUGUGGAGUUCCUGAAGAUUCACACCUAUCUAACCCAGAAGCUCGAUAUGGAUACAACACAAAACAUCGUCCUCAACAGUGUUGGUGCCGACGUUGAUCCUCUAACAGAACUUAAGUCGCGUACAAACUUCGGCCGACCCAACUUCCAGCGAAUGUUUGAAGCGAUGCGGGAUGGUAUCAUGGACCGAACGUACAUCAACGGUCUCGAGGGUAGCAUGCAGACCACAGUCGGUGUAUACUUCUGUGGUCCUUCUGCAGCUGCUCGCUCCAUCCACAAAGCAGCCAACACAGCAACUUCUAAGGAAGUGCGCUUCCGGUUCUGGAAGGAACACUUCUAAGUGUACAUGUUCAAUAUUUAUCUGCAUAUAUAGCCGCAUUUCAAGAUUUAUACGACGCCGCAAGGGUGGGAUACGCUCUACUAUGAGUAAUCUCGUAGUCUUGGGAGAUGGCAGAUGGGGAAGAUCAGUGGGCAGCUCCUUUGGUUUGGACAUAACGAGACGUGGAAAGGCAUUCACUACGCUCUAAGGACCCCACCUAAUUACAUAGCCGCCAUGGCCUGGAGAGCUUCCGAUUUGGUCUUGGGGGGGAUG